AAUAUAAUUUUUUUGUGGAUGGACAAUGUGCUUUCACGGGCAACUUAUUUUGUGUGUUUUUGCAAAAAGUUUUGCACUUGAUCGAUUUUUGAAUUUUUUUUCUCAAUAACUUUUAUUAAAUUAAAUAUCAUGGCUAGUGCUAAUGCUAGUGCUAGUGCUAAUACAAAUAUUCAUAUUUUAGAAAGAUUUGAAAAUACCCUCGAUUUUGCUCGACAACAGUUAUUAGAAGAUCCCCCGGAGCGAGAAAGCCAGAAUAUUGACCUAAACAGCUUCUGGACUAAUUUUACUGGAGCUACAAAACUUGUUUCUCAUGAAGCUACUAAAUUUUGUAUGGCUUUUGAUAGUGAUGCCAUUAUAUCUAGUGAAGCAUGUCAAUCUCUUGUAGAUAAAAUAGAAAAAUCAUGUUUAGCUCUUUUAGCAGUGUUUAUGAAGCUUUCUAAAACAAAAGGCCUGUCAUUUUACAAAGAUAUUCAUACCUAUACUCUAAAUAUUAUACAAGGAAUGAAAAAUUUAUGCACAGCUAUAAGAAAUCAAAGCUCUACACGAUUACAGAUUGUUGGGGAAAUUUGGGAAAAAUGUCAAGCUGUUGAUCAACUUCCAAAAGAUAAUAGAGAUGCAGUGUUAAUUAUUUUCCAAGAACAACAUGAUAUGGUUCAAGAUGCUAUACAAGAAUUAAUGGAUAGCUUAGAAAAUGAGGAUGAAAAUCCAGUAUUUGAAUUAUCUUUCGCAACACCAUUAAAUGGACUUCAAAUACCUCCUGUGCAAACAUGGACAAGUUCUGAUCGAAAUGUUCUCUUACCUUCUUCAGGACUGCUCAAAGCUUUAAAGGCUUGCAUUAAAAAAACCAUGCAAGCUAUUACAGAAAGAGGAGAUGGAUUAAAUGAAGGUCCAAUAAAUGAAUUAGAUGCCAUUGUUGAAAUAAUCAAACCUAGCAGUUCUAUAGCAGAUGAUUUUGUAUUAUCUCUAUAUCCACCUAUGAAUCAUACUGCAGUUCGAGAACAGGCAACAUUAGUAAGAAACAAAUGCAAAGAAAUAGUAUGUUGUGCAAAAACCUCCCAUUUUUGUAUGGAGUCGGAUGAAAGAUGGAUUGACUUUUUAGAGAAAGCUGCCGAUCACAAUUGGGUUAGAAUUCAUGAUAUGGUAUUAGCUGAUUAACUAUUAUAAUUUUUGUAUAUAUUAUGUAUAUUAAAAAAAGCCAAUGAAUACAUAGGUUUCAAAA